UCCUCGAGCUGUGUUGACUGGCACAGCCCCAUCAGAGCUUUCAGAAGCUGCCGCAUUAACUCUGUCAUAGAGGGAGCUCCAACUACAGUGUCAGCUUGAACAUACAAUCGAGAUCCGGGAGCCGCUCAACUCGACACGGGGCUGACGAAGGAGGAAAAGCGUGUGUUGCUGCUGGCGCUGUUGCAAGAACGAAACGGGAUGUUUUAGUUGUUUGCUCUACUUUUGUGGGUAACAACACUUGACACAUCAUCACCGCUGGACGGAGGACAGCUGCCUAGAUCAUCACUGACCAAGAGUUGAAGAGAACCGAGGUGGACGUUUGCUUUCCUCCUCAAGAAGAUGGCAUCAAAUGACUCCCGGCUCCAGCAGCAACCCUCCCAGAAGGACGCCGCCGAUCAGAACUUUGACUACAUGUUCAAGCUGCUGAUUAUUGGAAACAGCAGUGUUGGCAAAACCUCCUUCCUGUUCCGAUAUGCAGACGACUCCUUCACCUCUGCCUUUGUCAGCACCGUGGGCAUCGACUUCAAGGUCAAGACUGUGUUCCGCAAUGACAAGAGGAUCAAGUUGCAGAUCUGGGACACAGCAGGGCAGGAGCGCUACCGUACCAUCACUACAGCAUACUACAGAGGUGCUAUGGGCUUCCUGCUCAUAUAUGACAUUACUAACCAGGACUCUUUCAAUGCAGUUCAGGACUGGGCAACACAGAUUAAGACAUAUUCAUGGGACAACGCUCAGGUGAUCCUGGUUGGUAACAAGUGUGACCUGGAGGAUGACAGGCUCAUUCAAACAGAGGAUGGCCAGAGACUAUCAGAGGAGCUAGGUUUCCAGUUCUUUGAAGCCAGCGCUAAGGACAACAUCUGUGUGAAGCAGGUGUUUGAGCGUCUGGUGGACAUCAUCUGUGAGAAGAUGAAUGAAAGCAUGGAGGGAGAUGUAAACCUCAUGUCCAACCACGGGAGCCAGAGCCUCAAAGACUUGCCUUCAGAGAGCCAGGGGGGCUGUUCCUGCUAAGACCACCUUCCUUCUUACCUUUGUCAAGCCCCCAACACACACACACACACACACACACACACACACACACACACACUCAACACAUGCACUGAUAAUCAUAAAGACAAACACCUUAUCUGUGCCUAAACCACAGAGAGUGCCUCUUCCUUUGUCUUCACUCUGGACACAAUCAGCUCUGUUUUGUCCCCUCAGUGCAGCACAAACCAAAGGACAGCUAGCUGAGAUCAUCUUCAUCAGUGGUGCCAGGCCCCUCUCCUCCUAAGACCCCCCUGUUCUAUUUUUCACUUAAAAGAGGCCCACUCUGUUUCUGUGGUCUCGACCCAUCAGCUCUGUGAUAAGCUGAUAGCACACUAAAGCCUGCCUUUUGCUCUGUCCACCUCUGAUGUCAACUGCCUGACCACUGCUGCCCUACUCUCAUUCAAAUGGACUGAAGAUGAAACAUUUGUUCAGCUUAAAAGAAUAACAGCUUUUUUUUCAUUUUGUUUAGUAAGUAAUCCCAAGAAUACGUAUUCAACACUUCCACAGCGAUAGUUGUGUUUUCACCUGAGACUAAUCAGAAAGAAGUUUUGGUGGCUUGUGAACAUAUUAUUUUUUGGAGGACUCAGAGAGAGGUUUGCUUGUCUGAUCAUUUAGGACACUUCAUGUUCAUGUCAAAUAGAAAGGGGGAGAGAAAAACGAGUUUUAUACUGCAUUGAAAUUAUGAAUGUCUCAGACAAGAGCACAUCAUGCUUUGCAAGGCUUACAGGAACAAAUCAACACUUUGGGAAAUAACCGUAUUCACUAUCUUGUUAAGGUUAGAACAGAGGUGCCCAAACUUUUUGAACCAUGUGCAACUGUGAAGCACACCAGAUUUCUCAAGUUUCACUUUCAGAUAACGACAACAUAACGAGGUCCCUCACAUUUUAAAAAUGAAUCAUAGUAAUCAUAAUUAUAGAUUUAAAAUAAUUUUAGUUUAGACAAUCUGCUUUAAUCAGCAAGAUGAGAGUUUGAAUCCAACUGCAUUAUGCUAAUGUUAAUGUACUGUAACAGGUUCAUGAUAUCUAAGAUAUCCCAGCUUGUCAAUGGUACAAGUUAAUUUUCUUCCUAAAACAAUUCAAUAAUUAAUGUAAUUUUAAUAUGAACUGUUAGUAAAUCUAAUUGGCUUUUUCUGUUUGUUUUAAGUCAAGGACUUGGGCCACUUUGAAAGAUGUGUUCUUUGUUGCAAGAAUCUGAGGUUUAUAAAGGAGAUGAGAAGAGUGAGCUAAUCUAGAAUCUAGAACUGUUUCAAGGCCAAUUUGGAGCCCUUUUCUCUGUAUGCCUACGACUAAGACAGCAGACUGAUGCUUAAGGUAAAUAAUUAGCUUUGUCGUUUUUUCUUUUUGAGUGUGACUGUACGAGGAAGUUGUGUAAGACUGGUAACAUUACAUGACCAGCCUCCUGCUACGUUCUCACUCACCCCUCUAUGCCAGUCUUUUUAUUUCACGCAUCCUUUAACCAGUGACAUGUACAACACACACACACACACACACACACACACACACACACACACACACACACACACACACACACACACACACACACACACACACACAAACAACACCCACAGAGACUGCUCCUGCAACUGCAACAUGGCAAAACACUGCAUGGCAAACGUACUAUUCUUAAUAUAACAGAGUACUUACAUAUUGGUAUUAUAUCUCUAUAAUCUAUUUCUGACAUAAUUAAUUAGUGAAUGUGUGUGUGUGUGUGUGUGUGUGUGUGUGUGUGUGUGUGUGUGUGUGUGUGUACUCAGAAAGGGAGGAACACUGAUCUCUUAAAAACAUUAAUUUGGGCCUCAACUGUGCUGUUUUAACUGUCAGGAAAAACAAUGAACUGUUGCAGAAUGUAAGUCUAAAGGGCCUGUGUCGCAUGUCCCACAGUACUGUACAUGUAAAAUCUCAUAGGUUUUAUAUUCACUCCACAUUAUGUUCUUUUUUUCCGUCAGUUAUAUUACACUACAUAUUGAAUAGCUUUUUCUGUCCAUUUGUUUUUCCACAUGCAGAACUGAACAGUAAACCUCCACCUAUACUACUUUUCAUGUUUUUAAUUCCUAUUUGUUGCUACAGUGCCAUUUACCAUCCCUGUGCAUUUGCUGGCCUCUGACUGUCUGUAUCAACCAAAGCUUUGGCACCUUGACAGCAGUCAGGCUGUGCCGUUACAAAAGCUACUGUUGCUCCGUACAGGUCAGCGGGUUUAGGUCACAACUUGUGGUCAGUUGACUCCCCGCUAUUGUAGAAGCAUGCGGUCCCAUAUAUCUCUAUCAAUGUUUGCUGCUGAGAAAUGAUACUGUUUUUAAGAUAUCAGAAAGCCCUCCUUAUCUCAUCUAAACCACAUUGAACUAUAAUGGAGGAGUUAAAUAAAGGGAGGCAGUACACAUGUAUUACACCAUUGAGUAUGUCUUUAAUGCACUAGGAAAGAUUGCAUUUUUGAAUGGCAGUGGCAUCACAAUGAUAUGAUGUCUGUGAUAGUUUCACUGAAUGAGCUUACACUGGCAGCUGCUGCUUGAACAUAUAUUGAGUGUGCUGAAAUUUCCACUGAUUCUGAAUUUUGAACCAACCAUUUUGGCUUCUGACAUAUUACUUCUAUUGCCUCUGAUGCUGAUGUAGCAGUAAGCCUGUAGCAUGUAGAGCUGUGUGUCUGGGGUGUGUCUGUUAUUUCCCAUAUUUGCGGUCUAUUUGUUUGAUGUGUUCAAUUUCUGAAUGGUUGCUUCUAAAAAGCGGGGAAAUAGGAUUUUUUAUCCAGAUCCACUUUUUAGUUUCUGACUGUACAAAGAGAAGACUUGGAAGAAAAUAAAUGCAUCGUAUAAACCCAAAUAUGUUGAAAUGUGUUUAUGAAAAUAAAGGAUAUAUUCAAUACAA